ACUCCGAUCCCCUGCCUACAUUCGGUCGGAUAUCGGCCAGAGACAGGAGAUCGACUCGACGACCUUCUAUACUUGGAUGAGCCCCAUGAGUCCUGUGGGGUCCAGAUGUAUUUCUUUUCCAAAGUGAGAGCCUGCAGUCUGUGUAAUAUAAAUACCCAUGAUGGAGAGCUCCAUGGACCUCGAAAUAGAGAAGACGCAGUCGUGUGCUCUGGAUUAACACCAUUGACGCCUGAUGGUCCACGAGUUACAUGCCAUGGCGUCCAUCGGCUCUCUUCUCACCGUUCUGGCGGCUCUGGCGCCGACCACACUGGCUCAGGCCAACACCUCUUAUGUGAACUAUAGCGUCCAGGCGCAGCCAGAUCUGACGCCUCGGACCCUGGCCACGAUCGAUCUCUCCUUCCCCGACUGCACCAAUGGGCCAUUGAGCACGAAUCUCGUCUGCAACACCUCGGCGACCCCGUGGGACCGCGCGAGUGCUCUAAUCUCUCUUUUCACGCUCGAGGAGCUGGUUAACAACACCGGUAACACGGCUCCUGGUGUCCCGCGUCUGGGUCUGCCUCCCUAUCAAGUGUGGAAUGAAGCCCUGCACGGAUUGGACCGCGCAAACUUCACCCCAUCAGGGGACUACAGCUGGGCGACGUCCUUCCCGAUGCCCAUCCUGUCUAUGGCCGCGCUGAACCGGACUCUGAUCAACCAAAUCGCAUCUAUCAUCGCAAUUCAGGGUCGUGCAUUCAACAACGCCGGACGGUAUGGUUUGGACAGCUAUGCUCCGAACAUCAACGGUUUCCGCAGCCCUAUGUGGGGACGUGGACAGGAGACUCCUGGUGAAGACGCACAGUAUCUGAGCGCCGUGUAUGCUUAUGAGUACAUCACCGGUUUGCAAGGUUUGGACGAGGAACACCAGAAAUUGCUGGCCACGGCGAAGCACUUUGCCGGUUAUGACCUGGAGAACUGGGACGGCCACUCUCGCUUGGGUAAUGAUCUCAACAUCUCGCAGCAAGAUCUUGCCGAGUACUACACGCCCCAGUUCCUGGCUGCGUCACGGUAUGCCAAGGUGCGCAGCUUCAUGUGCUCCUACAAUGCAGUCAAUGGCGUUCCCAGCUGCGCCAAUCCGUGGUUGCUGCAGACGCUGCUCCGUGAGUCCUUUGAUUUCGUUGAUGAUGGUUAUGUCUCUUCCGACUGUGAUGCCGUCUACAACGUCUUCAACCCUCACGAAUACGCCGGAAACCAGACCGCUGCUGCUGCUGUCUCCCUUCUUGCAGGUACUGAUAUUGACUGCGGAACCGAUUAUCCCUGGUUUUUGAACGAAUCCUUCUACGAGGGACGCGUCUCGCGCGGCGACAUCGAGAAGAGCGUCAUCCGUUUGUAUUCGAAUCUGGUCCGUGUGGGCUAUUUCGAUGGCAACGAUACUGAAUACCGGAAGCUGGAUUGGAAUGAUGUCCUGAAGACCGAUGCACAGAACAUCUCAUAUGAGGCUGCAGUGGAAGGAAUUGUCCUUCUUAAGAAUGACGGCACGCUGCCGCUAUCCAAGAAGGUGCGCAGCGUCGCGCUCAUCGGCCCAUGGGCAAAUGCUACUACCCAGCUUCAAGGAAACUACUUCGGACCUGCCCCCUACCUGGUUGGUCCCCUGGCAGCGUUCCAGGAGACCUCGCUGCAAAUUAAUUAUGCUUUCGGGACCAACAUCUCCUCUAACUCCACCGAGCAAUUUGCCGAGGCCAUCAGCGCAGCUAAGAAGUCAGACGUUGUCGUCUUUGCCGGUGGUAUUGAUAACACCAUUGAGGCGGAGGGCAUAGACCGCAUGAACAUCACCUGGCCCGGAAACCAGCUCACUCUCAUUGAAGAGCUUAGCAAGCUCAACAAGCCGCUGGUAGUUUUGCAGAUGGGUGGUGGCCAGGUGGACUCCUCUUCGCUGAAGGAGAACCCGAAGGUCAACUCCCUCGUCUGGGGUGGCUACCCCGGCCAGGCUGGUGGAUAUGCUCUGGUCGAUAUUCUCACCGGCAAGCGUGCACCCGCCGGUCGCCUCGUCACCACACAGUAUCCCGCGGAAUAUGCCACCCAGUUUCCCGCGACGGAUAUGAGCCUGCGUCCCGAGGGCAGCAACCCCGGACAGACUUACAUGUGGUACACUGGCAAGCCUGUCUACGAAUUCGGUAGCGGUCUGUUCUACACUACCUUCUCCGUCUCUGAGUCCUCGUCAAGCACCAAGAGUUUGAGCGUGAGGGGAGGCAACAGCUACAACAUUGUCGACCUUCUGUCACAGUCCCAUGCGGGCUAUGAGUACAUUGAACAAGUCCCCUUCCUCAACUUCACCGUCACUGUGAAGAACACCGGAAAGACCGCUUCCCCUUACUCCGCCAUGCUCUUCGCUAACACCACGAACGCCGGACCUGCUCCAUACCCCAACAAGUGGCUCGUCGGUUUUGAUCGCCUGCCAGAGAUUAACCCCGGAGAGUCUACCACGCUGACCAUUCCUGUGGCUAUUGGUAGCGUGGCGAGAACCGACGAGGACGGAAACAGGAUCCUUUACCCUGGAACGUAUGAUCUGGCGCUCAACAAUGAGCGUGAUGCCGUUGUCAGCUUCACUUUCACUGGUGAUGCUACUGUGCUGGAGAGGUGGCCCAGUCCUAGCUCCUAAGUAAGAAUUAGAAGUUGAAACGGGGCACGGCGGAGAAGAAACAGCAUAUAUAUAGUAAAAAAUAAACCAUUCAAUGUUAAUUAGACGAGUAUCUCUAUAAUACUCGCAUUACAUACGUGCAUAACUUAAUACAAAAAAUUCCGAC